AUCCAUUGCAGAUCCUUCCAAAAAACUGCGCCAUCGAGUGAUCAUCAAUAUGGAGAAAUUUUUCAAAAUCAGUAAAGUCAAAGAUGGGAUUCCUUGUGGUUGGAGGUUGGCGACUUACAAGGAAGUAAAUGAUUCAAUGCAAGUCGUUAUAGAUUUGCUUGAUCAAUGGACUAUCGCCAAACUUCAAGAUGGGUGGCAAGUUUCCGGUGGUGGAUACGGCAACAAAGUUGAGAAAUAUGAUGAUCCCAACAAAACUUUCGGGGACCAGUUGAUCACCAACGCGAUUAACAUGAUUAAGAAAGAAUUUAAAGUCACUAAGGUCAAAGAUGGGAUUCCUUGUGGUUGGAGGUUGGCGACUUACAUGGAGGCAAAUGAUUCAACAGUUAAAGAUUUGCUUGAUGAAUGGACCAUCGCCAAACUUGAAGAUGGGUGGCAAGUUGCUGGUGGUGGAUAUGGCAACAAAGUCGAGAGAUAUGCUGAUCCUAACAAAAGUUUCGGGGACCAGGUGAUCACCAACUCGAUUAAGAAAGAAUUUAGAGUCACUAGAGUCAAAGAUGGGAUGCCUAGUGGCUGGAGGUUGGCGACGCACUGGGAAGCAGAAGAUUCCAUGCAAGAUGUUACAGAUUUGCUUGAUGAGUGGACCAUCGCCAAACUUGAAGAUGGGUGGCAAGUUGUCGGUGGUGGAUAUGGCAACAAAGUCGAGAAAUAUGACGAUCCCAACAGACAGUUUGGAGACCAGUUGAUCACCGUCGUCAGGCCAGUGAAGGAUGUUCGUGUGGUUGAAAUCGCCGAGGGCAUCACGCGGGAUUGGAGUUGGGCGACGAAAUCACAGGUCGAAAGCGUAAAGGAAGAUGUGGAAAAAUUACUCGGGGAAUGGUCUAUCGCAAAGCUCUUAGAUGGAUGGAAAAUUGAUGGUGGAGGAUACGGGUAUAAGAUCACCAAGUGUGAUUCUGAUGAUGGUACUAUUAAGGAAAUGGUUAUUGUACAAGAAUCCCUCUAGAUAAUGAUAUGAGCAAUUCUGGAUUAGGGGUGGAGGCAAACUCUCCAGCCAGAAGUUCCCCUUGAUUCGGGGGGGCUCGUAUUACAUUAGGCGAUUAGGGUCAUGCGAAGAACUUUCCCAAUGGGAAAUGGGUAUGGUGAAUAUGCCUAUUUUAGAGACAUUUGAAAGCGAGGGAUUGA